AUGUCUGUCAUCCAUUCUGAAACAGACACUUAUGAUAUAAUUCAGAUCUUGGGCAAGGGGACCUUUGGUGAGGUGGCGAAGUGUUGGAAGAGAAGCACCGGCCAUUUUGUGGCCAUCAAGAUCCUCAGAAGUGACUCAUACCGUGCCCGAAUCAUCAAGAACGAGCUAAAGAUGUUGAGGGUGUUGGGAACAGUGGAUCCAGAUCAGUACCACUUAAUUCGAUUCUUCGAGUGCUUCCACGAUGAUAUCAAGUCAUACUUGGUGUUUGAGCUGAUGGAGCAGAACAUCUUUGAGUUUCAGAAGGAGAACAACUUUGCGCUCCUGCCGGCCAGGCAUAUUCGGACUGUUACCACCCAGGUCCUUAGUGCCCUCCAGAAGCUCAAGGACCUGUCAAUCAUUCACGCUGACCUCAAGCCCGAGAAUAUCAUGAUCAUUGAUCAGAAGCGGUUCCCCUUCCGUGUGAAAGUGAUUGAUUUUGGAUCUGCGAGCAUAUUUCACGAGGUGCGCUAUGUCAAAGAACCCUACAUCCAGUCCAGAUUUUACCGCUCGCCCGAGAUCCUGCUGGGUCUCCCCUUCUGCGAGAAGGUGGACAUGUGGUCGCUGGGCUGUGUGAUGGCCGAGCUUCAUCUGGGCUGGCCCCUCUACCCCGGCAACAGCGAGUACGACCAGAUCCGCUACAUCGUGGAGACCCAGGGGCUGCCCAAAGACCAGCUCCUCAACGCCGCCACCAAGGCGGCCCAGUUCUUCCACCGUGGACCCCGCCAACACUCCGGCCCGCAGUGGCAGCUCAAGUGUGCCACUGACUACCAAGCAGAGACCAUGAUGCAGCCUCUGGAGAGGAGGAAGUACAUGCUCAAGUCCCUGGAUCAGCUGGAGACCAUCAACAUCACCAAGACCAUCUUCCCCGAUGACGAGGUGAUCGCCGAGUUCCACGACCGCAAGAACAUGGUGGAGCUGAUCAAGAGGAUGCUGACUCUGGACUCCCACGAACGCAUCACCCCCAGCGCCGCCCUCAAGCACCCUUUCGUCACCAUUCAGCAGCUGAAGAUGACCCACGAGCACACCAAGUACUACGAGCAGUCGGUACAAGGCCUCAACGCGGCCCUCAACUCCCAGCGCAGGGCCCUCAACUCCGACCGCCAGUACUACAGCCUGGUGGACGAGUCGUACUACUCCAACCCCGAGUGCUACUACGAGUGCAGGCAGGCCCACCACAUCCCCAGCAUCACCUCCAUGCAGCGGGCCAUUGACAAGAUGGACAACUUGACUAUUGAGGAGCCCGGCCGGGAGAUUAACUUCAGUACGUGGCAGGAGGGAGCGGGCAAGGCCGGGUACCAGCCUUCCACCUCCAAGGCGGGCAACCCCAGCUGCUUGCCCCACUCCUACCACCAAGGGGCCUGCUUUAGGCCCAACCACCCCGCGCACAGGCACAGGAAAGAACCGGCCACGGGCUACUACACCAACCGAUGUGGGCUGAAGCAGAGGAAGGCUCCUCACCAUUCCAAGUCCGACCCGGCCUUCGGGAACGUGAUCCUCCUGGGGCAGGAACCCCCCGCGGAGAUCAUUAACUGGGAGGAGGAAGAGGCGGAGGCCAUCUUUGCAGCGGCGUCUUCCUCGGCGCAAGAGGUGAAGAGGCCCGAAGAAGCGAUGGCACUCAAAGAGGCUCCAGAUCCUGAGAGAUCUCAACCAAGCCAACAGGACUCCGAACAUUCCGACAACUUUGACAAUGAAUGGUUGAACAACGGCAGCGAGACCUGGAGUCCCGAAAGCACAGAUUCUGUCUCCAUUGAAUACGAAGAGUUACAGCCCCGGAGCAACAGUUACCAGAAUUAUGUACACAUGGAAAAUCAACAUUAGUCCUCUUGCCAAGUGGGCCAUGCAGACAGCGCCACCUGCUGAUCAGACAAGACUGCAAAUGAUUUUACAAUGUGACAAAUGCCUCGGUUAUUUGCCACAAAAUAAACCGUCAAUAAAUCUUCAACUGUAAGCAUCAUUUUAUUUAUAAUAAUGCAACGUGAAAAAAAUAUAGACCUCUCAGGUCAUAGGAAAGGAAUUUAGAAAAUAUGUAUUGCGCUGAAACUUGCCAGGCCUGAAAUGAAUGCCAUGGCCAGUCAGGAGAUAAAAUGAAGCAGGGAAGAUUUGAAAGUCCUUAAUUCAGGACAAAAUGGCUGGUUUAAUGUGACUGAGUAUUGGUGCUGAUUCAAUCUGCUUCUGAAAUUGACUUUAUCCGAACUCUGAACUUUCGGGGUCGUUUGGGAAAGAGCUUUGAUUUGUUAUCCAUUUAUUCAGUGUUAAAGCACUCUGUGUAUUCUGUAUUGUUAAUAAAAAUGUUUGAAA